AUGGCUAAUACUAGUGGUUCUUUACCACCAUACUCUAUCGUGCCGAAAAAACUGGGGAAUGACUCUUCAGCAACAACGAGUCCAAUUUUACCUAACGCGGCGCGAACACCAAUAACAGUCAAACUUAAAAUUGAUAGUUCGACGAGAAACAACAGUAGUGCAUACAGACAAGUUCUGGAGACAUGUCUCGAACUCACGAAAAAGCGAGGUAUUCAUUCUGUUAAUGCUAUGAAAGCUGCUGGAUUUCGAUAUACUGGUAUAGGAGAUGCAGCUUGUUGUGACAAGUGCCAGUUAGAAGUGACCAAUUGGAAAGAGAACAUGGAUCCUUUUACAAUUCACUCUCAGCGUAGUCAAAAUUGUUCAUUUGUUUGUUCAAUGAAAUCAUCCAUUGUAGCCAAUGCUUCUCUUUCGACUUCUAUAUCUUGCACGACUCCAGGUCGUGCUACGAUGGAAUCAACUGAAAGAGAACAACCUUCGAAACGUCAAAAAACUGAUGUUUGGAAUGACACAAGUUAUUCGUACCAAUUUAUAGAAGUGAAAAUACUCAAAGAAGUUCGUUUUCGAACGUUUUCCCAUUGGCCUCAUUCUGCGUCACCGUCUCGAACACAAAUGAUCGAAAGUGGAUUUUUCAGCUGCAAUGUCGGAGAUCGAGUCAUCUGUUUAUAUUGUAAUCUCAUAAUUCAACAAUGGACACCACAUACAGAUGAUCCGUGUGAAGUACAUAAAAUUCUUUCUCCUCAAUGUCCAUUCGUGUUGGGCAUGCUGAUACGCCCUAUGACUGCUUCGAUAUUAAUUGUAAACGAAAGUUCAGCUAGCAAUCAGUCAGUCACAGGGAUGACGAUCAAUGCAUUUCGUUCCAAUGGAAUUGUUCUGACUGCCGCUUGUAAUGUUGCUUAUAUAGAGAUUCCCAAGCGUCAUGCAUCAUUUGCUACUUGGCCUAAUGAGGCUCUACCUUCUGUAGAUGAUCUCGUUCGCGCUGGUUUUUUCUAUACGGGUACUCGGACCGUCGUUACAUGCUUUUAUUGUAACGGAUCACUUCAGAAUUGGGGUGCAAAUGAUAACCCAAUGAUUGAACAUGCCCGCUGGUUUCCACAUUGUUUAUAUGCUAAGCAACUGUGUGGAGAUGAUAUGUAUCGGAAAAUUCAAGAAUCCAAACGAAUUGCACAAGAACGUGUCAGGGCAGCCGAUCCGGCGAGAAAUGUCUCAUCGAGCAGUCAAAAAUUGCUGAUACCGGAUGAAAACACAUUAUCACGUCUUGUCGCUGCCCGCUUGGAUUUGCCAAUUUCCCAAAGUUUACUCGAUCGAGAUUUCAAACUAUCGAUCAUCAAACGUUGCUGGGAAGAUCAACUUCGAUUGAAACGUAUGGAUUGA